AUGACGGCCUACAUUCGUCCCUUGUCCUCUCUGGAUCUGGAUCGGUGCGCGGCCCUAGAGUCUGCCGCCUUUCCGCCGUCGGAGGCUGCGACAUACGAAAAGAUUGACUACAGGCUUUCUAGCUGCCCGGAGCUUUGUUACGGGCUGUUUCUCAGAAACUCCGAUGCGGCGGCGCCCGAUCCGAGCACAGUCCGGGUCCUCUCGUCUGCCGAGGCGCAGGACAAGGACGGCAUAUUGGUUGCUCACACGAUUGCGACCAAGGCCAGGGCAACGCUCAUAGUCGACCAGGAUAUGGACUAUCCCAAGGACUGGAAGACGAACCCGAGAGUCGUGGCCGACGCCGGGCAUCAGCCGUCCGGGACCAGUAUCGCGCUGCACUCUCUCGCCGUUUCACCCGACUACCAAAGGCAGGGGCUGGGCAAGCUCCUGAUGGGGAAAUAUAUCGAGCAAGUAAAGAAACUAGAUGGUGUCGAGAGGAUUUCGAUCCUGACAUACGAAAGGCUUGUCCCCUACUAUGAGAAACUCGGCUUCAAGAACCAUGGCAAGAGCGCGGCUACCUACGCGGGCGUUUCGUGGUACGACCUGACCUACGACUUUUCCUAG